AUGGCCAAAAGGGAUAAUGAUAAUGAUAAUGAUGAUUUGAAUUAUAUGACUGAAGAGGAUGAUCAUAGUUCUUAUUCAUCAACACCAGCCAAACGUAUUAAAUUAGCUAAUGCAGAACGAUCACCAUCAUCUGUAACAGCCGAUUCAGUUAAACUUUAUCUUAGUGAACAUCCAGAAUUUCUUGAUUCAUAUAUACAACAAAAUAUUCAUUCAAAUACAAUUGAACAAUGGAUGACAAAAAAACCUCAAAAAGUAUCUUCUCCAACACAACCAUCGUCAUCAACAUCGAUGCCAAUCGUUUCAUCACAUAAAAAUAGUAUUUCAACAACAACAACAGUAAAAACUGCUGAUGGUAAAAGAAAAAAUUCAUCGGAUUCAUCCAAACAAAUAUCAUUAACAACAACUAAAUCAUUGAAUACAUUAGUUGAAUUAAGCAAUAAACGUCGUUUAUUACUUGAACUUACUGAUGAAGUUAAUCAGAAUGUCAGCAAAGCUCAAAUUUUAUAUGAAUUAAAUAAAUCAAUUGCAACAACGGUAUCAGCCGAUGGUUUCAAUUUAUAUUUGGUUGACGAAAGUGAUACCAAUAUGCGAUUAUUUUCUGCUGAAAAUGAUGAUGAACAAGCAGCCUGUUUUAUUCCUAUUCAAAUUGAAUCUGGUCAUUGUAUUGCCGGUUAUGUUGCUUGGUCAAAAGAAACUGUUCGAAUUAGUGAUAUGUCUACGCUGGAUAUGGAAAAAUAUCCUGACGGACUCUAUGUUAAAGAUGAUAAAGUAACUGCAGUUAUGGCACAUCCGAUAAUCAGUACAUCUGGUAAUCUACUCGGUAUUGUUGAAUUCUAUCGUACUGAUAGUAUUACUCCAUUUUCUGCUGAAGAUGAAGAAGAAUCUUUAAAAUGCGUGAAGGAGCUUUUCACCCAAACAUAUUACGAGCUUUAUCAUUCAAUGACAUGUGAACGACGUUUAAAUGAUUUUUUAUUAGCUGUAACAAAAUCAAUUUUUCAAGAGCUUGUUAGUAUGGAUGCUGUUAUGCUUAAAAUAAUGAGUUAUGCAAAAAAAUUAGUUAAUGCUGAUCGUGCAUCUUUAUUUAUGGUUGAUUCUCGUACAAAAGAAUUAUAUGCGCGAAUAUUUGAUAUUGGCCGUGAAGAAACUGAUGUAUCUCAAUCAUCAAUUGUUAAUAAUAAAGAUGAACAAAUACAAAAACGUUCAAUAUCAGAUGAUCGUGCUUGCAUACGCUUUCCAAUGGAUAAAGGUAUUGCUGGUUAUGUUGCAACAACAGGCAAAACAUUAAAUAUUAUCGAUGCUUAUAGUGAUACUCGUUUUAAUCGUGAUAUUGAUCAAAAAACAGGUUAUAAAACUAAAACACUUUUAUGUAUGCCAAUAAUGAUUCAAGGAAAUGUUAUUGGAGUUGUUCAAAUGAUUAAUAAAAAAAAUGGACAUUUUACAAAAAGUGAUGAAGAAUCAUUUGAAACAUUUGCAGUUUAUUGUGGUCUUGCUUUACAUCAUGCGUCACUUUAUGAUCGUAUACGACGUUCAGAACAAAAAUGUAAAGUUGCUAUUGAAGUCUUAUCAUAUCAUGCAUCAUGUACGGAUGAAGAAUAUGAACGUUUUAAAACGUAUACACUUCCAAGACACAUUCCUGAUCUUGAAUUAUUUGAAUUUUCUCCCUGGAGUGUUGGUAAUGAUAUGAAACCAAUGCAUGUUCUAUAUAUGUUUCUUGAUUUGGCUAAUAUGGAUCCAAUAAAUGUCAACAGAUUUGAUAUGGAAUGUUUAAUGAGAUUUACAUUAACUGUACGAAAAAAUUAUCGUAAUGUUCCUUAUCAUAAUUGGUCACAUGCAUUCAGUGUUGCCCAUGCAAUAUACACUGUGAUAAAACAAACAAAACAUCAUUUUACAACGAAUGAGUGUAUUGCUUUGUUUGUUGCUUGUCUUUGUCAUGAUCUUGAUCAUCGUGGUAAAACAAAUGCUUAUAUGGUUAAAAGUGCAUCAACUCUUGCAUCAAUUUAUUCAACAUCAACAAUGGAACGACAUCAUUUUAAUCAAACCGUAACGAUACUUCAAACGGAUAAUCUAAAUAUAUUUAAACAUUUUUCACCAAAAGAUUAUCGACAAAUGUUAGAUGAAAUUCGGCAUUGUAUAUUAGCAACGGAUUUAGCUUUAUUUUUUGAAAAUCGUCCAAAACUUGAACGUAUUGUUGAAAAUAAUGAAUUUAAUUGGACUAAUAGAGAACAUUUGCUGCUCGUGAUGGGGCUCAGUAUGACCGCUGCUGAUUUAUGCUCAUCGUUUAAACAUUGGGAAGUACAGCGGUCGAAUGUGAGCAUCAUCAUGGAAGAAUUCUUCCAACAGGGUGAUGAUGAAAAACGACGUGGUAUUCAACCACAAUCAUUAAUGGACCGGUCAUUGGCACAUGAAUUGCCAAAAAAUCAAGUGAAUUUUAUUAAAAGUAUUUGUUUACCAUGCUACUCAUUGAUUGUCCGUAUUCUCCCUGAAACAAAGCCAAUGCUUGACGGGGCUAAGGAAAAUCUUCAUCGUUGGCAAGAACUUGCUGAUGAACAGCAAGCAUCUCAAACUGCUAUGAGUAGUAGCAUAUCAACAAGCGAAAUAACUGAUUCAUCAAGUAUUCAACAACCAGCAUCGUCGUGA